AUGGAGAAGACCCCGCCUGUCACGGGCAAACGCCGAGGUGGUAGCCGGAAAGCCUGUAAUGAAUGUAAGCAGCAAAAGUUGCGAUGUGAUAUUGUUCAAACCCCGGCUGCGUCUUGCUCGCGCUGUCGCAGGCUGGGGAUAGAAUGCAAAAUCGAACAGUCUUUCAAGCGAAUUUCCAAGAGAAGGCACAAUGCUGAAAUGGAAAAGGAGAUUGCAGAUCUCCGACGCCGUCUUGGAAACGGUUCAGAUCUUGAACAGACAGCAGAGCAAGAACUUCAUGAGUCCCAUGGAGGUGAUGACUUGUCUCGGUGCUCAGAGGACGUCUUUGCCCGCCGGGACUCUGCUGCAGUUGACCGCUCACGACCCGUCUCAGUUCCAAUUGAAACACAUCCAUCCGUAGCCACUCCGUUGACUAUGAAGAGAGAUGGUUCCAUCAUAUCGCAAGAUGAGGGCCAUUGGAGGCUGGAGGAUAUCUCUAUUUCCAAAGCUCGAAUUGCUCGACUUUACGAUCAGUACUUCACAUAUUACCACCCAUUUCUCCCUCUACUAAACCCCCCAAAGCCACCAGAGGUGUAUUUGCAUCGUUGCCCUCUUUUAGCAUGGACUAUCAUCUGUGUUGCAAGUAGGCGGUCUCCUUAUGAGCCUGGUCUUCUAAGUGCACUGUCAGGGCCAUUCAGCAGGCUGCUUUGGUCAACAAUCACCAGCGUGCCGCAGGACUAUCGAGUGGUCAAGGCGCUUUGCGUUCUAUGUACUUGGCCUCUUCCAACGACAAGUCAGCGCACUGAUGCGACCUUCAUGCUCAGUGGCUUGAUGAUGCAAAUUGCCAUGCAACUUGGUCUGCACCGUCCAGUACAAGCUGAAGAGUUUACAACUUUCCGCAUGGAAGUCCAAGGCGAAGCGCUGAAGGAUCGAUUACAUACAUGGGUCAUUUGUAACAUCGUGGCUCAAAAUGUUGCAACUGGUUAUGGACAACCAGCAAGCACAAUAUACGACUGGGCUCUUGAGCCUGCAUCUUUAAGGGAUGCCGAUUACCGUCUUCCCCAUGACUUGGCUAUCCGCCUUCGGAUUGAGAAAUUCUGUGAUAGGGUGACCAAGGCUCUGUAUAGUAGCAAACCAGAACCCGCAGAGUUCGUAAGCGUCGACAAGCUGGUGGUCGUGCAGAUCCUUGAGAGUGAACUCAGAGAGAUGGAAGUUGAAUUUGGCAGGGACAUCUCAGCAAUUAACCUCAUCCACCUUCGUGCCGCUGAACUGCACUUCCGGUACUUCAUGUUCUUGGGAUCCAACGCCCGAGUCGACGACUUGACCAAACUAUACCUUGCAACAACUUCCUUCCUCGGCCGUGUCCUCGAUCUGGAAACAUCGCCAGGCGAUUUAAUUGGCCACUCUACCAAUUAUAUCCUUCAAAUGAUUGUAUCGGCCGCGUUUGCGCUUAUGAAGUUGCUGAAGAGUAGCUUCAGCCGACACAUCGACUUCAACCAUGGCAAGCUUUUGUUCAAUGGCGCAAUCUCAGCUAUUCGCCGAAUCAGCGUUAUGGAUCAUGACCGUCCUAUCCGUCUUGCGGAUAUUCUCGCUCAGAUGUGGAAUGCUACUAGCUUAGAGCCUGCUGAAGAGGAUGCUUUACAGCUCAAGGUUCGCUGCCGCAUGAGUAUGAGCCAUGUCUAUGAUACGGUCUGGCGUUGGCGACAGAGGUUCCGGCCUGUUAAAAGCUUUGAGGAGAUGCAGGCGGCUGCCAUAGCGGCAAAUCAAGAUAUCUCUACCACGACGAGACCCCUGACAAGGCAACAAGACAGCUCCCUCGAGGAUUCAUCUUUGAUAAUGCCUGCUCAGUUUGACGAAGGCGGCGCAUUCUUCAGCGAAGCAGGGUUCUCAGAGGUGUUUGAUUCCCUCAAUUGGGUCUUUGAUGGCAUCCCCGACUCUUUUGUCGCACCACCAGUGCUAUAG